AUGUCGAGUGAGAAGCAAACCGCCCCGAAUGCUCCCUCCCCUCCAGCACCACCGCCACCGUCAGAUCCUCCGCGGCGAGAUUGGCGCUUUUGGGCCAUUUUCCCUCCGCUAUGCGUGGCUACAUUACUGUCAGCGCUAGAAUCUACGGUCGUGUCGACGGCCCUGCCCUCCAUUGUGGAUGAUCUCCACUCGGGAAAUCUGUACAUCUGGUUUGUCAAUGGCUACUUCUUAACUUUCACCGCUUUCCAACCGCUGUAUGGCCAGUUGGCCCAAGUGUUCGGCCGGCGCUGGCUGCUGAUCGGGGCCGUGGCAAUAUUUGCAUUGGGCAGUGGCAUCAGCGGCGGUGCCAGCAGCUCAGCCAUGCUGCUGGUUGGUCGAGUCCUUCAAGGCGCAGGUGGCGGCGGCAUCAGUCUCAUGACACAGUUGGUCAUUAGUGACCUGGUGUCGGUGCGUGAACGAGGCAAGUUCAUGGCCAUCAUCUUCACCACCUUCUCGCUGGGGACCUCGCUGGGCCCGUUUAUUGGGGGCGCGCUGGUCGACAACACCACCUGGCGCUGGGUGUUCUACAUCAACUUACCCAUCGCCGGCGCCGCCCUCGUCUUGCUGUACUUCUUUCUGCAGGUCCAUUUCCAGCGGCGACUCACGGUGCGACAGAAGAUGAGCCGCAUCGACUUCGUGGGUAAUGCCAUUCUGAUUGCCUCGGUCACCUCCGUCCUCAUUGCCCUCUCCUGGGGCGGAUCCCGGUAUAGCUGGCGCUCCUGGCAUGUGCUGGUUCCCCUCUUGGUCGGAUUUGCGGGCACGGGCUUCUUUCACUUCUACGAAAGUACCCGCUUCUGCAAGGAGCCCACGUUGCCGACACGUAUCCUCGCCAAUAACCGGACCACCUCCAUUGUUCUCUUCUGUUCAUUCUGCCAGUUUCUGCUGUCCUUCUGGACCAUCUACUUCCUGCCCAUCUACUUCCAGGGCGUCCUCCUCGUCUCCCCCGAGCGCAGUGGCGUCUUACUCCUCCCGUUUGUCAUUACCAGUCUACCCAUCGCCAUGCUCUUUGGCAAUCUGCUCACCCGUUGGGGCCGGUACAAGCCCAUCCACAUUGUGGCUUUCAUGCUGAUCACCCUGGGCACCGGGCUGUUCAUCCGCCUGGAUCAGCACUCGUCCAUGGCGGAGUAUGUCAUCUUCCAGAUCAUCACCGCUGUGGGCACGGGGAUGAUCAUGUCGACCUUGCUGCCCGCCGUGCAGGCCCCAUUGCAGGACACUCAGGUGGCCCCCGCGACGGCGACUUGGGGCUUCUUGCGAGCGUACGGCGGCGUCUGGGGGGUGGCCAUCCCGGGCGCGAUCUUCAACUCCCAGAUCCAGACCAAUCUGAGCAAGCGCGUGAGUGAUCCGGAUGUGCGACGCACCCUGGGGAGUGGAUCGGCCUACUCGCAUGUCUCAAGCUCCUACAUUCGCUCCCUGCCCGCCGACGUCCGCGAUGAUGUGGUCAGCGUCUAUGUCGACGCCCUCCGCAUUGUGUGGGCCACCGCCACGGCGUUUGCUGGACUGUGCUUCCUGCUCACCUUGCUGGAGAAGGAGGUCCCCUUGCGCACCUCGGUGAAAUCAGACUACGGGAUGCGUCGUCGUGAGCAGGAGAAGACGACCGCAGGGGAUAGCAAUGGGAAUGCGGAGUCCAGCCAGUCCAACUCGAGCCCGGACGCCUCGUCUACACCGCGCCCUGCUGACCCGCAUUCAUCAUAG